CCGCCCCUCCCGCGGGCCCCGCCCCGCCCGCCCCCUGCCCGGUACCUGCGGGGGCGGAGCGGGCUGCCUGCGCCCCUCGCAGAGCAGGCAGGAGCGGAUCCCCUUGCAGCCGCAGCCGCCGCCGCCUCCCGCCGCCUCCAUCGCCGCCGCGGCCCAGGAGGGCAACAAGAAGAGAUCCUGCAGCUGUGACUGAUUGGUGAUUCCAGCGCAGGAGUGGAGAUCAAAAAUGUCAAAAAUCACUACAGAACUUCUUUUGGAAAGAGCAGUUCCAAAAUCUACGCGGCUCAGAAAGAUCGAGACACUGAAUCUGUCCAAGCUGCAACUGAAGACUGGAGACUUAGACCCCCGUUUGUUUUCCCGUCUGAGGCAUCUGCAGAAACUCGAUCUCUCUGAUAAUUUACUGGACAAAUUUCCCAACAGCCUAAACCUGCCUGAUCUACGUGUGCUAAACUGCAACAACAACAAGCUGGAAGAUGUAACUGCUCUGAAACAGUUCCCUCUGCUCGAGGAGCUGACCUACGAGAACAACGUGUUCCUGACACUCAACGAUGACUAUAAAGUGAUGUUUCUCUUGCAAAACCUUCGGCUGCUCAAUGGCAAGGACAUAACCAAACUGGCCAAUCACGUGAGGAAUGUCAACAGUCACAAACUCACCAGCAAGGUUACUGCUCACUGGGAAAAAUUCUUCCGUGACCAGCUUCCCGAGAAGCACACGGCAGAGCAGGCGAAGGCCAUCAAGAAGAAGUUCCUGAAGUCAGUGCAAACCAAUGUGUUGUAUGGACCCAGCUCACUCAGUGAGUUCACCCGCUGGCGGGUGAAAAUGAUUGCAGAAGAGUUCCUGGCGUGCUCGCUGGGUCUGGAGUCAAACACAGACACUGAACCAGAGGAAAAGAUGGAUGAGGAUGAGGAAGAAAGCACAGAAAGCCCCAGUGAAGCUGCAGGCGACGUGAGUCAGGUCACGGUGACACCCAGCAAGAGGAAAAGAAAUAAUUCGAAACCCAGGUUUGGAAACAAGAGGUCCAAGUCCCAGGUGAACACUGAGGAGGAGGCUGCAGUUAAUCCCAGGAAGUCCAGUCAUGUGCAGGAUGACCCAGCUCCCGACAAACCGAGAACGUCAAACCAUCCAGGCAAAGAAGCAACUCCUGAACAGGGAGCUGAAGGGACUCAUAAGAAUGGAGAGCAGUUUCCUAAGGGGCAAAGCAACAGACGGUCCAGCCAGCUGACAAGGGAGCAGAAAAGCCAGGAGCAGGGCAACGGGGUGGUAAGCUUGACCCCAGUGAAGAACUCCAAGGGCAAGGAGGAUGUCAGUGCAGAGCCAUUGCAUUUCCUUCAGUGUCACAGUAAAGGCAACAGCCGUGAGGAUUUUAAAACAGAGCUCUGGUCCUGUGUCUUCGAGCCAUUGCUAGAGUCUGGAGCCAGAAAAGAUCCCAUUGUGAGCUCCUCCAGAACUGUGGCAACGUGCGGAGGGGAAUCGGUCUGCCUGAUCGAUUGUGAGACGGGGACGGUGCUGAAAAAGUACAAGGUGGUGACAGAGGUGUUUUUCAGUGUCGCGUGGACAACCCUCACGAUGGUGAUCGGGGACAGUCAGAAAAAAUCUCAUAACAUCUUAGCGGCUGCUGGGCGGAGAGGGAUCGUCAAACUGAUCCACGUGGCGGCCGACUUCUGCUACGGGGAGAUCAAGGCUCACAAAAAGCCCAUUGCUACUGUCUGCUUCAGCCCAACUCGAGAAACUCACCUCUUCACUGCAUCCUAUGACAAGCGAAUUGCACUUUGGGAUAUUGGGAUUCCAGACUGUGACUACAAUUUCAAAGCAAGCCAGCUGCUGGUGCUGGAAGCGCGCUCUGUUCCCCUGCGGCUCGCCCUGGUGCCCACCUGCCCAGAGCAGCACCUGCUGGCUGGCUGCGAAGAUGGCUGCUUUGCCUGGAAUAUAAAACUGGAUAAGAAACAGAAAAACAGGCCUUUUGAAGCCGUAUUCCAGUUUCCCGAUGAGGACGGAGGCAUGACAGCCUCUCACAGCAUUGACGGUUUGGCUUUUCUGAAUGACGAUGUCGUUGUUUCCAAGAGCUCCAAGCCAGGAUGCAUAUACUUAUGGAGCUGGAGUCGGUCUUUUGACGCGAAGGGGAAGGGAUGCCAGCAAACAGUGUCUGCAGUCAUUCUGGCCGAGCUGGAGUGGUCCACGACAGACAUGCCCUACCUGACCCUCAGCACCUGCCCAGCAAAAGAAUACGUGUUCUGUGGUGACGAGAAGGGAAACGUCUGGAUGUACAACCUGUCAAACCACACCAGAGCGUGGAGCUCUGCAAAGGGCAAGCGCUCGGACCGGCGGAUCCCUCCCACACAGAUUCUCAAGUGGCCAGAGCUCCGAGUGGCCGGGGAGCAGCUGAGCGAAGUCGCAGUCAACAAUGUGGUGUCGGACCCUACCUUCACGUACCUCGUUGUUCUAACGAGCGUGAACAUCACAGCCAUUUGGAAGAAGUCCUAGUUCCCAUCCCGCUCCGCCCCGUGCUUGGCAAUAGUGCAGUAUUAGUGACUGUUAACCAUGUAACCACGUUUUCUAGACCAGCAACCCCAUGAAGAGAGAAAAAUGUUUGUUAAACUCAUCGAGUUGUUGUAAACAUCCGCUUUCUUUUACUGUCAGUUUUCACAACUUGUGCGUUUGUUUUAUAGAAAUGACACUUAAUAA